AUGGGUUCUCACGCUACCGUUUCUCCUCAACCCCAUGUCCCUUUAUCCGGAGUCUGGUGUCCUGCGGUCACUCUUUUUCACCGUGACACCGACUCAUUAGACCUCGACUCUCAAUCCAAGUUUUUUGCCUAUCUAUCCAAAACCGGGCUAGCGGGUCUAGUGAUCCUAGGGACCAACUCAGAAGCCUUCCUCCUCACCCGUGAAGAGCGAGCUCAGCUCAUCUCAACUGCAAGAGCCGCCGUUGGCCCUGAUUUUCCCCUGAUGGCCGGUGUCGGUGCGCACUCGACUAAGCAGACCCUCGAGCUCGCAAAGGACGCCGCCGCUGCUGGCGCCAACUACCUUCUCAUUCUUCCUCCCGCAUACUUUGGAAAAGCUACAAACAUGAACGUGGUGAAGCGCUUCUUUUCCGAAGUAGCAGCCAAGUCACCUCUGCCAGUGGUGGUAUACAAUUUCCCGGGGGUGUGCAACGGGGUGGAUAUGGACUCUGAGACCAUUGCCGCGAUCGCACGGGACCCGACGUCCGCGCAUGCUAGUGGACGGUCCAAUGUGGUUGGGGUCAAACUGACCUGUGGAUCCGUGGGAAAGAUCACCCGGCUAGCUGCAGCGUUUGCGCCCGAGGACUUUGUGACCUUUGGUGGACAGUCGGAUUUCCUGAUCGGCGGGCUAGCUGCAGGAAGCGCGGGAUGUAUUGCUGCCUUCGCGAACGUUUUUCCCAAAGUGACGGCUCGGAUCUAUACGUUGUAUCAGAAAGGUCAGAUUGAGGAGGCGGUGGAGCUCCAAAAGAAGGCGGCGAUCGCAGAAGGUGCCAUCAAGGGUGGUAUUGCGUCAACGAAGUAUGCGGUAGCGUGCUACUCCGCCCAGUUGGCAGGGAUUCAGGAUGCAGUAGCUAACCUGGCCCCUCGACACCCUUACGAGGAGGCGGGAGAGGACGUCAAAACCGGGAUCCGACAGGUGAUGGCUGAGGUUGCUGAGAUCGAGAAGAGCCUGUAA